AGAGAUGGAAGAGUCCUCAGGAAUGGUUGAAACAAUAUUAGAAGUGCCAGAAUGUUUGGCGAGUGGUUCUGAAAACUACGACAUUAACAUCUUGAAUCCGAGUGGAUGCUACAUUUUCAAAACAACUGGAUUUGAUAACGGCGGGUAUCCAAAUUUUACAGGAUGGGGUGGUAUUGACUACCUUUGCGCUUACACCCUUAAGUUUGGGACCCCUGUAGAUGGAAAGGUGACCGUUAAACAAGAAAGGUUCGAGUUCCAAGAAGAGAGCAAUUUAGGAGAUUGCCCGGAUAGUAUUUUAAUUAGAGAUGUGGACGAUAUUGAUGAAAAAGCAACUAACUCCGACGGUGACGAUAGAGAUGGGCGUAAUAUGGUCGUGACAUAUUGCGGCACAAUCGACGAGGACAAGACCCGAGAUUUCUCCCAAUCUGAACUUAGCAUUGACUUAUUCGCCGACCAGACAGUGAACGGCAACGGGGCCGAGAUUCAUAUCUGUAUUGAUUGAAAUAUGUUUCUUUCACGCUAUGAGUUGUGAAGUGAUUUUUGAAUUUGUUUGUUUUUGGCCGACUUCAGAUUUUCGAUAAUAAAUUUUCACAUUUG